UCACGGUGAUUCUGAUAGCACAACUUCUAAUGGUCAAACAACAUCUACCGCUAGCACAUCUUCGGGACUAAAUGUGCAUCGUUCCCGCUCAACAAAUUUCGUUCAUUCUACAGAUAACAUAGCGAGAUCAACAAAUCGUGAAGCAACUCCAACGACGGUAACGGCUGGUGCAGGUUCCGAAUCUGGAUCUGUUUUAGUAUCGUAA